UUUUUGUAUUUUGUGGCAACCUCGUUUAGUUGCCGUCUCUACUCUCUAUAUAAAAGGACUCCAUGGAUGAUGAUUCUGUGGUGAAAAUGGCUGCGGCAAUUAGAUAUUUUGAUCUUAAUACAGGGGCUAAGAUUCCCUCUGUUGGCCUAGGAACUUGGCAGGCUGCUCCUGGAGUCGUUGGCAAUGCAGUGGCCACUGCUAUUAAGCAUGGAUACCGGCAUAUCGACUGUGCUCAAGUCUAUGGGAACGAGAAAGAGAUUGGUUUGGUUCUAAAGAAGCUUUCCGAAGAUGGUGUGGUGAAGCGUGAAGAACUUUGGAUCACUUCCAAGCUAUGGAACACUAAUCAUGCACCGGAAGACGUACCAGAGGCAUUGAAUGGUACCUUGCAAGACCUGCAACUGGACUAUGUAGAUCUCUAUCUGAUGCACUGGCCGAUCAGCAUGAUAAAGGGAGCAGUUGGCUUUGAACAAAAGGACCUAACACAACCUGAUAUAACCAGUACAUGGAGAGCAAUGGAGGCACUUUACGACUCCGGAAAGGCUAGAGCUAUUGGAGUAAGCAAUUUCUCUUGCAAGAAGCUUGAAGAUCUGUUGGAGGUGGCUGGAAUUCCUCCAGCUGUGGUUCAAGUUGAAUGCCAUCCUAUAUGGCAACAGCCUAAACUACAUGCAUUAUGUAAAUCCAAGGGAAUUCAUUUAACUGGGUACUCACCGCUGGGCUCCCCAGGCACAGGUUUCGUGAAGAAAGAAGUUCUGAAGAAUCCAGUUGUGAAUAUGGUAGCAGAGAAAUUGGGCAUGUCCCCUGCUCAAGUUGCCCUCCGUUGGGGGCUGCAAAAGGGUCAUAGUGUUUUGCCUAAGAGUACAAAUGAAGUGAGGAUCAAACAAAACUUUGAUGUUUUCGAUUGGUCCAUACCCGAAGACUUGUUGGCCAAGUUUGCUGAAAUAGAGCAGGAGAGGCUGAUCAAAGGCUCCGUUUUCGUACACGAAACAUUGGGUGCAUAUAGGAGCAUUGAAGAACUAUGGGAUGGUGAAAUCUGAGAAAAGGAACAUCGCAUCAGGUGUUGUUAAUUAAAUAAGAAAAUGCUGUAGCAUUUGGAGAACUGACGUUUGAUCGAGUACCAGUAUUGAGUGUAGGUUUGCUUAGCUGAAACUACCAAUAAUACCCUUUAAUUAAGGGUUAGUAUGUAAUUUAUCACGUGAAUAUUAAAAUUUAUUACUAUAUUUUAUUUUAAUUAA